UAGCAAUUUCCAAAGCUUUCCACUUCAAAGUUUUCAGUCUAAACGUAUUAGCUAGAAUUCAAUUCCAAACUUUUAGUUUGCAGUGAUACUGUAAUUUGUAAUUUAGCCAGUACAUUUGCAUGAGGGUUAAUCAUCAUCGAAGACGCUAGAGAAGUCUUGGCAAACGCCAGCUAUGCAGCGACUUCGCUACCUGAAGGGUGUAGCAGGUUGUCUGAGUGCAAUGGAAGAUGACGUGUGAGCCUAUCGCUGCCUUCCCUGCAGAGAUGCAGUGUGUGCUGGCCAGUGCGUCGGGAGCUAGCGUGCCUCUUGCAGACGGCCGAGCAGUGAUCAUAGGCCGGGGACCAGAGUCAGGAGUCUCGGACAAGAAAUGCUCCAGACACCAGGUUAAACUGGUGGCGUGUUAUGAAGAGCGCACGGUGCUUGUGACGCAGCUGGGCCCAAACCCUUCUGCUAUUGGGAGCCAAAUUCUGGGAAGAGGCCAGACCUGCCAUCUGACCCAGCAGGACACAUUGUACCUGGUGAACCAGAGUCACCCCUUCACAGUGCAGUUCUCUGGGUGUUCAAACGGGACUCGCUCACCCACCACUCUGAGGGGAGGGGAGACUGAGAUGGGGAAGGCGAAGGGCAAGGAGAGGCAGAGGGAUUCUCAGAAGGCUGCCCCCAAGCGCAGCAUCCAGGAGUUCUUCACAGCUUCUCCCAAACAGGCAGCGAAGAGGCCACACAGCCAAGAAGAGGACUCCUCUGGGAAACGCGCACGGACAGAGGGGUCCUCCAGUGGGGACGAUGAUGCAGAGAGCCUGAUAGAGCAGAAGCUCAGACGACUACAGGAGGUCGCAGCAGAAGCUGACGUCCAGCAGGCAGGGAAGGGGCCAGCCCCUGGGUCCUCCCCUUGCCCCAUGGAUCGCUGGGAGCAGGUGGGCAAGCUGCUGCUCUUCACAGCGGCCGGCGUCACUGCCAGCACAAAGGUCGCCGGAUUCGACAUUGACGGGUGCAUCAUCACCACAAAGUCAGGCAAAGUGUUUCCCACUAGCCCGGAUGACUGGAGGAUUCUUUAUCCAGAGAUUCAGCCCAAACUGACACGUCUGUUAAGAGAAGGAUACAAGGUGGUGUUCUUUACCAACCAAAUGGGCAUCGCUCGGGGUAAACUGAGACCGGAGGUCUUCAAGUCCAAGGUGGAGGAUAUUCUGAGCACACUGAAACUGGCUGUGCAGGUGUUUGUGGCAACUGGACCUGGAGUUUACAGAAAACCUGUGAUGGGGAUGUGGGAACAUCUCUGUGAGAAGGCCAAUGAUGGUGUGACUGUGGAUAAAUCCCAGAGUUUCUUUGUGGGAGAUGCAGCAGGACGUCCGGCAAACUGGGCUCCAGGCAAGAAGAAGAAGGAUUUCUCCUGCAGUGACAGACUAUUUGCUCUGAACAUCGGGCUGACCUUCCACACUCCGGAGGAGUUUUUCCUGGGCUGGAAGAGCGCCCCCUACAGUUUGCCUGAGUUUGACCCUAGAGCCUGUGACCCCACCGCCCGUCUGUACGACCCCCCUGAGGCCUCUCUCACAUCCUCACAACAGGAGGUCGUGGUUGCCGUGGGUUUCCCAGCUGCUGGGAAAAGUACCUUCUUCCAGAAGCACCUUGUCCCAAAGGGCUACGUGUAUGUGAACAGGGACACGAUGGGUACCUGGCAGCACUGUGUCUCAGCGUGUGAGCGCGCUCUGAAGGAGGGACGGAGUGUUGUCAUAGACAACACCAACCCUGACCUGGACUCUCGCAAACGGUAUCUGGAUGUGUGUCAGAAGGCGGGGGUUUCCUGUCGCUGUUUCCUCUUCACAGCCACCCUGGAACAGGCCAAGCAUAACAACACGUUUCGGGAGAUGAUGCCCUCACAGAACAAGCAUGCCCCAGUGAAUGACAUGGUCUUCUACAGCUACAAGAACAAGUUUGUCACACCCAGUGUCUCAGAAGGCUUUUCUGAGAUCUUGAAGAUACACUUUGUCCCCAGCUUUGCAGAUAGCCAAUCAGAGGCUCUCUUUAGGCAGUUCUCUUGAGGGCUGAUUGGUGGAUUUUCAAAACCUUAUCCUAACCAGCUAAUCGCAUGAGACGCUGACAGAGCGAUGCACUGCUUAGACGGAUGUCAAAUGGCCCGUCGCAACCAAUCAGAAGAGUACCAAUAUACAUGCGUACAAACAAGAAGAUUUGUUAACAUAGCGAAUUGGCUUCAUAGCUUUUGCCAACGAUUGGGUCCAGCUAACAUGCUAUUAAUUGUUCAUUUUAGAUGAGAGAUGAGACUUUUAAUUGGAAAAGUCUUCAUAGUGGCUUGUUUAGGGAAAAGGGAGAAAUGUAUAAUUUUAAGUUUUGAUAACUGCAAACGAUGAUAAAAUAAAAAUAACUGUUUGACUGGAAGUGUAUGCAUUUCAAUCGGUCCAUUUUGUAGCGGAGCCAUAUAGACUAAUUUUAGUUUUGUCAUAAUUCUUUCUUUCUUUUUUUUUUUGUCUUUAGAAAUUUGUGAAUGUGAUAAUAAAUAAGACUAACAGGA